ACGUUAAAACACUGGUGGAAAGAUGUCCGUUUCUCAUCCACUUAGAUCUAAGUGACAGCGUGAUGUUGAAGCCUGAGUGCUUCCCGUAUUUUCAUCAACUUGUCUUUCUACAACAUCUGUGUCUUAGCCGAUGUUAUCAGAUAUCACCUGCUGCCUUAGUAGAACUUGGUGAAAUUCCAACAUUAAAGACUCUUCAGGUAUUUGGAAUAGUGACUGAUAGCUCCCUACAGCUCCUCAAGGAAACGCUUCCUGACAUGGAAAUCAAUUCUUCGCACUUUUCAAGUAUCGCAAGGCCAACUGUUGGCAGUAGUAAUGAUGAGAUUUGGGGCAUCAAAUGCAGAUUGAUGCUGAGGAAUCCUAGUGGCUUAUGA